AUGGUCUCCUGGAGGCCCUUAAGCACUCAAACACACCCUCCUACGCAUUUCUCGGACCCCCACUCCGUACCCCGGCCAUAUGGUGAGACACAACCACCCCAGGAUUAUAGUUACACUGCACCAAUGGCAGCUCCUCUCACCGCACAGAACAACACCGCCAAUGGCUCGGAAUCCAAGCAUCAGCAGUCGGAUCGUGGAAGCAACAUCAAGGAAAUUACCAGCUUGAUUGCCAUGUACGUGCUCGCAUACAUUGCCAUCGAUAACUACACCACCCGCACCAAACUCGAGUCACUCAACAAGGAAACAUCUGCAAUCACCCAAAAGGCCCUCCAGGUCCAGCAGGCAAACUUCCUCAAUGCCCGUAAGCAACGGGACCUCCAGAUCGUGCAAGAACGCAGAGACCAUGCUCGUCGCAGCUUCAAAAUGAGUGUACACAUCGCCAUGUUGCGGAAGCAGCUCGUGGAUCUAGGCGUAGACCCGUUAGAGAUUGACGAGGCAGUCAAAGAGUUUGAACGCAGCGUCAAGGUCGACAAUUCAAUGAAGAAUGUCAGUGGACAAACGUUGUGGAUCGACGAUUCUUCUCGUACGUAUAUGUUCCAACCCAGCCAGUUUCGCCACCAUACUAACCCCUAG